GACAUCACACACAUCAACAUUUUGACAAAGACAUUGUAGAAGACAUUCACAGUAGUGAAAAAUCAGGAAUCCAAUAACAUCUUUUUCAACUAUGAUGUGUAGAUCUGUAUCUUCUACUUAUUACCAUAUCAACAUUGUUUAUUAUGAGUCAUCGAAUUGUUAUCAACUCUUUAGCAACCAGAGUUAGAUUUUCACCAGGAGAACCUAGGUGACCUCAUGGCCACUGUAACCACCAAGUCCAUUCUCCUUGCUACCGGUUGUUGUCUUCUUCUUUUUCACCUUUCCCAGCAUCAGAUCUUUUCCAGAGAGCUGGGUCUUCACAUAAGGGAUCUAGUCAUUUGUUCUUUGAGGGAAAACACUGGAUCCAUUUUGUAUGAUGAUCCGUCCAUUUGUUUUCUUGUCUGUUGUAUUCUCAGGAGUCUUCUCGAACAUGAAAAGGUUCAAUAUUCUAUUCUUCUUGCUUAUUCAAAGUCCAUCUUUCACUUUUACAUGGUGUCACAGGGAAUACCUCAGCAUCUGUGAUUCUGUAGGUAGAGGCAUCCGAACAUUUGAAUAUCUUUUCCAAGACUUUCAUAACUGCUUUAUGGCAUCUUUUGACCGUUGGUUAUUUGUCUGAUGAUGGUGGACCCUAAAAGACAAAAACUCUCUACCGCUUCAAGAUCUCCCUGAACAGCUCCAAGUGUCCACCCCAACUCUAGACCACCACAGGCAAUAGGUCUCUGCCCAAAUGGCCACCACCAAGAUUUUGGCCACCCAGGGCCCGCAGAGGCACUCAAUCAGGUCAUCUUCUCCAGUGGUGGCCACGGCUUCUCUGGCCAACAAAGAGCUCUUCCUUUUUUUCUUUCCUACAGCAGCAAGCCCUGAAGUCCUUGAGUAAUUUAUAAAAACAAUAAAGAUGGGAUAUAUGUGCAUAAAAUAAUAAGUAACAAAUAAAUUGAGUUCCACCAGCAUCCCAUUUGCAGGUGAAUCUCUUAUGAAAAAACACUAAAAUAUAUUCAGUGUUUUUUUUCUUUUUAGUGCUAUGUGUGGGAUAUAUGCAUAAUUUUGUAUUUAUUUAUUUAGUCAUGCUUAUGUAGUGUAUAUAUUGGAGGCGGAGACCCUUUAAGAGCUUUACGCAAUGAAAUUUCACUUUAAUGUACGCUGAUUAGUGUACAUUCAAAGUGACAAUAAAGUUAUUCUAAGUCUAAGUCAAAUUAUGAAAAAAUCCUAAUUGAUAUGGUUAUCGAUCCGCAGAGGUCCUCACGUAUAUAUUAGAUAGUUAUAACGAUGUCAUAAACAAUUGUAUGUCAUAAGUGUAUGUGCGUGUGUAUAGCCAUAACCAUAUAAAAUAUAACUCUCUCUCUCUCUCGCUUUAUAGCGACGGGCAGGAACGGGCCACUUCCACAGCGCAACCCCCCAGGCUGAAGAAGAUGGCCGUUGUGAUCCGGCGGAGAGAGGCGUGGCUCCAGCCGCGGCGGCCCUCUUCGGAUCGGCCUACCUCACGGGGCGGGCGUGAGGAGGAGGAGGAGGAGGACGGAGCGCGGCCACCCUGAGGCUCGCACUAUCGUCGUGGUCGGUGGCGGCGCGGGAGAACGCGGGCUCCUCAGCAGCGGCAAGAUGGCGGUGGCGGUGGCGAGGGCGGCCCAGCGGGUGGGCGGCAGCAGAUUUGUCCUGUGGCAUGGGAACCUCCCAGUGAAGAAAAGAUUAUUUUCGAAGCAGCUGGUUUCCCCAGCCUUCUUUGCAGGGCAGAGACCCCUGCACACCGGACCUCUGAAUGUGGUGCUGCGCAUCCGUCCACUGCAUCUUUUUGUGGCUACAGGCACAGGAUAUGUGGGAUACAAGCAAUAUGAGAAGCACAAGGACAAGGAUCUUGAAAAGUUGGGUGUGGAGGUGGCCCCCCAAAUUGCAAGUGAAUGGGAAGUCUCUUUGUACAAGUCAGUUCCAACCCGCCUGCUCUCCCGUGCGUGGGGCCGGCUGAACAACGUGGAGCUGCCCACCUGGCUGCGGAAGCCCGUCCUCAGCCUCUACAUCUGGACCUUUGGGGUGAACAUGAAGGAGGCAGCCGUGGAGGACCUCCAUCACUACCGGAACCUGAGUGAAUUUUUCCGACGGAAGCUGAAACCCCAAGUGCGGCCUGUCUGCGACCGGCACAGCGUGAUCAGUCCUUCGGAUGGAAAGAUCCUCAGUUUUGGACAGGUGAAGAACUGUGAAGUGGAACAAGUCAAAGGCAUCACUUAUUCUCUCGAGUCCUUCCUGGGUCCCCAUGCCAGUCACGAGAACUGCCAAAAUAAUCCAACUUCCUGUUGCGAGUCCUUCCAAAAACAGCUGGUCACAAAAGACAGCAACGAGCUCUUCCAUUGUGUGAUAUACCUGUCCCCCGGAGACUACCACUGCUUCCACUCACCCACCGACUGGAAGGUCUCUCAUCGGCGUCACUUCCCAGGUGCCCUGAUGUCUGUGAACCCCGGCGUAGCCCGUUGGAUCAAGGAACUCUUCUGCCAUAAUGAGCGGGUUGUCCUGUCGGGCUACUGGAAACACGGCUUCUUUUCCUUGACAGCCGUGGGAGCUCAGAAUGUGGGCUCCAUCCGCAUUUACUGCGAUCAGAAGCUGCAGACCAACAGCCCUCGCUACAGCAAAGGCUCAUUCAAUGACUUCAGCUUUGUAACCCACAAGGACCAUGAAGGCAUUCCCAUGAGGAAAGGAGAACAUUUAGGCGAAUUUAAUUUAGGCUCAACAAUUGUUCUGAUCUUUGAGGCGCCCAAAGAUUUCAACUUCUACUUGAAGCCUGGCCAGAAAAUCCGCUUUGGGGAGGCUCUGGGGUCCCUCUGAGGUCUGGGUGCUCGGAGGGGAGGGGCUUUUCUAUGGACAGGGACUCCGUUCAUACAAGGAAGCCGUUCGGUGUGGUGGAGUAUUGCUCAGCAGGACCUGAGUGAAGAGAAUGAGUCCUUAGUCUCAACCGGGGGGGGGGGGGGGGGGGGCGCUAGCCUCAUCAGGAGGGUUGCGGAUUGAUGGGGGACCGUGGCCCUUAAGAGCAUGGAUCAGGUGGCUUUUCUUCCCUCGGGGCUCCGGAAUGACGGCAGCUUCUCCCUCUUGCUCAAUACGCAGCCUGCCUUUGUGCCGCUUCUCAAGCUCUGCACAGAGAUGCUGUAAGCUCUGCAGCCAAGAGGAAGAGGAAAGGCAGAAGGAAGCUCUCUCCUUUAAAGGGACAGGAUACAACUGGCCUCAUUACAUUCAAGUUUACAUACACCCAUUUUUCAGUCCAAUCCUAGAGAAGAGGGAGGGCUAAACAAAAAAAAUGCAGCUUGAAUUUCGAUUAAGAAACCAGCUAAAAUCUAGUUCUCUCCCUUUAAAGCAGAGGUUUGAGCUGUCCAACAUCAAGUCUGUGUUCAGUGUUUCACUUGUUCAGCAUUUGGAUUGGAGGAGCCCAGCUGGUCUCUUCCUCCAACUUCUAAAAUGGUCUUGCGGUGCCCUUCACUUUUUCUGUGUUGCACGGGGGAGAUCAGUUCUCCUUUCUUGAACCUGGCUUGCCAAAACGCACCCCAGUCCCACUGCAAGGCACGAGUUUCCUUCUCUUCCCUCCCCUCUGUGCAGGGAAGUGGCCGGUGGACUCUGCCCAGCACUACUAAAAAAACACCCUUAGGAAUAUUAAAUAAUUCUCAUCUCUUCUCCUAUGAACUAACGUCUAAUUCUCUGCUGGAGCUAGUCAAGGAGGCGGCUGAGAAGGAAGCAGAAUUGAUCACGCUAAAUUCUCCCCAUCGCCCUAAAAUAUCAUUUAUAGGCUUUAGACUUUGGGGUGAUGCCACAUCACCCCAAAUCUGCCUCUCUCUUUUUUAAUGGCCAGUAGUUUUAGGAGACACCCAGGCUGUAGCUAAAUAUAGGACAGGACUUGAUCACAGUAGUGUCCUAUUUUGUCUAUGACGAGGGCCUUUUUCUGUGGCUGUGAGGGAUGAAAGGCCAGAAAGUGGGUCCUUUGUGAUGGCUGGUCCCUUCCUUCCUUAAUGCAGAAGUGAAGUCCUUAACCAGAAAACAGCUCUUCCAUCCUCCAACAUUAUCCUGUACUCUGCUGCCAUUGGGAGACAAAAUGACAGACAGCUGUGCCUUGCUCUAUCAGUGGAGAGGAAUCACUUGCUUCUCUUUGCUUGCAUUGCAGUACAACUCUGGGCCUUCUGUUUUCUGGUUGCUCUGACUCUGCUGUAGAGGAGCCCCUUCAGUUGGUCUCCGUUGUCAGAAAGCAGUUCAGGGCCAGGUCCCGUGAAGCGGUGGGGGGGGGGGGGUGUCACCCAAACCCUAAACAAACGGGAGUGGGUUUCUUGGUGACGCUGUGAAUUUCUCCAACAUGGAGAAUCCUUUUAUUUUUCAACUGUAUCAGUAGCACAGUAUUUUUGUAUGUCAAAAUGUACAAAUUAAGACAUUAACUCAUUAAUGGCAAAUGUUUUAAAGUAAAAAUAAGAACUGACUGUG